GAGCAGGACGCAGCGAUGCCCGACUCCCCCGCUGAGGUGAAGGCACAGCCCCGGGCCACGCCACCCGCCAUGCCGCCCCCGCCACCCGCCGCCUCCCAGGGGGCCACACGGCCCCCGUCCUUCACGCCACACACGGUGAUGAACGGCAGCGGCCACUCGCCGACCGCCGUCAGCGGGGCCCCGUCCACGCCCAGCGGCUUCAGCGAUGGCCCGGCCUCCUCCUGCACGGCCGCCCUGUCCACGCAGCACCUGCCCCCGGCCUGCGGCGCGCGGCAGCUCAGCAAGCUCAAGCGCUUCCUCACCACGCUGCAGCAGUUCGGCAGCGACAUCUCCCCGGAGAUCGGGGAGCGCGUGCGCACGCUGGUGCUGGGCCUGGUGAACUCAACGCUGACCAUCGAGGAGUUCCAUUCCAAGCUCCAGGAGGCCACCAACUUCCCGCUGCGGCCGUUUGUCAUUCCCUUCCUGAAGGCAAACCUGCCCCUUCUGCAGCGGGAGCUCCUGCACUGUGCCCGUCUGGCCAAGCAGACCCCCGCCCAGUACCUGGCCCAGCACGAGCAGCUGCUGCUGGACGCCAGCGCCUGCUCCCCCACCGACUCCUCCGACCUCCUGCUGGACGUCAACGAGAACGGCAAGAGGAGGACACCUGACAGGACCAAAGAGAACGGGUCGGACCGUGACCCGCUGCUCCCCGAACACCUCAGCAAGCGGCCCUGCACCCUGAGCCCCGCCCAGCGCUACAGCCCCAGCAACGGGCUGCCCCACCCCACGCCGCCCCCGCACUACCGCCUGGAGGACAUGGCUGUGGCCCACCACUUCCGAGACCCCUACCGGCCCCCCGACCCCCGGGAGCUGCGGGAGCGACAUCGGCACCUCGCAGUUCCCGGGUCCCGGCAGGAGGAAGUGAUCGACCACAGGCUCACAGAGCGCGAGUGGGCAGAAGAGUGGAAGCACCUCAACAACCUCCUGAACUGCAUCAUGGACAUGGUGGAGAAGACGCGGCGGUCGCUCACGGUGCUGCGCCGGUGCCAGGAGGCCGACCGCGAGGAGCUCAACCACUGGGUCCGGCGCUACAGCGACGCGGAGGACGUGAAGAAGGGCCCCGCACUCGCUGCCGCCCGGCCCCUCAGCAGCUCCGCCGGCCCCGAAGGGUCUCAGCUAGAUGUCCACCGGGACUUCGUGCCUAGGACCCUCUCUGGCUACAUGCCUGAGGACAUCUGGAGGAAGGCCGAGGAGGCAGUGAACGAGGUCAAGCGGCAGGCCAUGUCGGAGCUGCAGAAGGCCGUGUCAGACGCGGAGCGCAAGGCCCACGAGCUCAUCUCCACAGAGCGCGCCAAGAUGGAGCGGGCCCUGGCCGAGGCCAGGCGGCAGGCCUCCGAGGACGCCCUGACCGUGGUCAACCAGCAGGAGGACUCCAGUGAGAGCUGCUGGAACUGCGGGCGCAAGGCCAGCGAGACGUGCAGCGGCUGCAACGCGGCGCGCUACUGCGGCUCCUUCUGCCAGCACAAGGACUGGGAGAAGCACCACCACGUGUGCGGCCAGAGCCUGCAGGGCCCCGGGGCCGUGGUGGCCGACCCGGUGCCUGGACAGCCCGACGCCACCACCGGCCUGGACCCCUCCCUGCCUGUGGGGGCCGCCAGCCCCAGCGAGGCCGGCUCUGCGGGGACCUCCCGCCCCGGCUCCCCCGGCCCGCUGGACGCCGUGCCCCGCUGA